GGAGUCUGUGACUUGUCGACCGCACAGACCUCACGCAAACCGGCCACCUCCUCCCAGUAGUUCAUCCAUACCCUGCACUAGUACCAGUUCCAUAACCCUUGCAGCGUCUUUAUAUCGCAACGCCAGCUUUUUCACGUGACAACCGACGACAGCUUGUGUUCAAUCCGUCCAGCGGCUCCCUGUCGAAUCGCGCAUGUAUUUGAUGCCUCACCACCUGUGUUUCCUUCCCCUCCCUUCUUUGUCAAGAUGUGAUCCGAGAGCGGUUCUCGCCCAGGACGGUGUCCAACAGGGAAGGGUGACGCUCCAAUGUGCGACAGGCAUCACGAACUGGACGCUGCAAGAUAUACCGGACCUGCAUAGGCUUUAUCAGUCCGUGAUUGAACUCUAUGGAAUUGAAGACAUACCUGUCAUGGUUCCCAAUGUUCGCGACGCUGCGGGGGUGCUCAUCCACCCGUCAGAAUACAGCCAAAAGAUCACAGGAGCUGUGCCAGUGGUGCAAAAGGCGGAGGGUUCACCUGACUGUACACAGCUGGACUUUUGGUCCCGACGGGAAGCGUUCGAAUGGUUCUCGAGUUCAUCAGAUCGUAGCGGUGCUGCAUUCACACUGUACAUAUGCGUUUUCCCUUCCAUGAUUCAUGGGGGCGGUGCCAGCACUCUUAUGGCGGUGAUUUGUGCUGUGUCGACCGUAUUCUCCCCCCAUCCGGCCAAUCUCUUGGGCAAUGACGAUGCGACAGCUGCACCUCAUUCAGUUAUCUCCAUGGUUGAGAAAAUGGGAGUCUCUGACCCGGAAAGUGUCAAAGCACAACCACGACAUCAAGUGCAUUUUAUCUGGCAAAGGAACGAAAGCGGCAAUGUUCUACAUCUCCGACUAUAUUACAAAGAUGUCAUGCACAAUGAGCGAGGAAAUAGAUUUACAUUACGAGUUAAAUUUGUACAUGAAUGA